AGGAGGAGGAGGGGGAGGAGGAGGAGGAGGGCGAGGAGGAGGAGGUGGUGGAUAGGGGAAAAGGGGAGACGGAGGAGACGGACGGGGGCGUAAGAAGAGGAGACGAAGAAAGGGACGCGGAGGACACGACGACGGAGGGUGUUGCCGAUGAGGGAGGGGCAAGGCCCGCCCCAGCCCCUCCCUCCCUCCCAACCCCACCGCCGUUGCACGCCAGCCCCCAAGGAGGAAGAAGCUGGGCCCAGGCCGUGAAAGCCACGGCGUCUCGCCCCCCUCCCCCGGCCAAGGCGAUGGGGGCCCGUCGGAGGCAAGGCACAGACCCUAGCAUCCCUUUCCAAGCGUUGACCAUGGAAGAGACGGCGCGGGGAGGGCCGCGCCCGGCCUUGUCGCGUGUCGUGGAGGGCAGGGCGGGGGAGCACGGAGGCGUGACCUCUCGGAUCAUUGGGGGCGCGGGACAGGAGGCCCUGGGGCUUGCGUCCGGCACGAGGGAGGAGGUGGAUGAUGAGGAGGGAUGGAUCCACACAGGGAACCUGACAAGCGUCCGGGCGAAGGGGGUAGAGAGUGUCUUUGGACCGAGGGGGGGCACAGGGCCGACCCAGGACAGAGACGGGGUCAUGGAGCCGUCGCUCCCCUUGGUCGCGUGUGUGACGACGGAUUUUGCGAUGCAGAACGUGAUGCUUCAAAUGGGGCUCCGCUUGAUGUCCUUGGAAGGCGCGGCGGUGACGCGCGUGAAGCAAUGGGCGCGUCGGUGCGAGAGUUGCGCCAAACUCGUGCACGACCAGGACCGGAUGUUUUGCCCGCGCUGUGGGAAUGCUUACCUGUCUCGAGUUUCUAUCUCGGUGGACAGUGCCACCGGUCAACUGCGGGUGCAUCUCAGCAAGCUGUGGCGGCCGCGGCCAGGCUGCAAAUACUCGAUUCCCAAACCCGGGAAGGGGAAGGCGAGUCGGUGGGAAGGGGAUUUGUUGCUGCGAGAGGACCAACUCCAGAUGGGAAUCUGGCAGCAGAAGAUGAAAAGGCGGACCAAAAUGCUGGACAGUAUGUUCGGAGCAGACAUCACGGAGACCUUGGGGGUGGCGGUAACCAAAAGUACGGCAGCAAACGGUAUACAGUUUGGGUAUGGGAGAAAGAAUCCCAAUUCUCAGCGUGGAAGGGAGAGACGAGGGAAGAGAAAGAAGAAAAAUUAG